AAAACUGCAUGUUUCCCCCGGCAGCUAACUUCUCACUUACAUCUGAAGUGUAUUUGUUUAAACCCCCUCCCCCACCAUCCCCUCUCUCUUAUGCAACACAAUAAUCAGGGAGUUUGGAUUCUUUUCCAUACAGACGCUCGGCUUCACUUGUCCAGAGAGGACACAAAGUGCAUUUCUCUACAGUUUCAGGGAUUUAAGAAUUAAUCCAUGGGGAGCAUCUCAGGACUUUCUCUUCUGGCAGUGAGUCUGUUCCUCCUGAUGAGUCCUGGUAUCCAGGGAGGAAAAAUCCUGGUGUUCCCAGUGGAUGGCAGCCACUGGGUCAACAUGAACCUGCUGAUCGAGAGCCUCCACACCAGAGGCCAUGAGGUGACAGUGGUCCGCACAGCCACUAGCUGGUAUAUCAAAGACAAUGCGCCACAUUACCGCACCAUCACUGUCACCCUGCCAGAAGCCAUCAGCAUAGAGGAGCAAGACUUUUUCGUCACCUUCCUGGUCAAGAUGCUGGCAAUCCAGAAAGAGGGGGCAUCUCUAAUUGGCUUUAUGAGCUUCUACCGGGAAAUGCUCGGUGCGCUAUCAAAAAUUCACCAACAGGCCAGUCUGUUGGGUGUAGAAAUAUUCGAGAACAAGACUCUCAUGCAGAGUAUUCGUGAUACUCAUUUUGACAUGGUUCUUCUGGACCCAGGCUUGCCUGUAGGGGUUCUGGUGGCCCAUGAACUUAAGUUGCCAACCAUUUUUAAUGUGAGAUGGGUCACCAGUGGAGAGGGGCAUUUUGUGGUUGCUCCAUCUCCAACAUCCUAUGUCCCAACUUCAGGAAAUGCUGCAUCAGAUAAGAUGACCUUUGGGCAAAGAGUUAAAAAUACAUUCCACUAUAUCCUCAACAUGUGCAUUGACAAGUUUAUAGUAUGCCCUCACUAUGAUAAACUGGUGGCCAGGUAUUUUGGUCCAGAUGUGACCUUCUAUCACCUCCUACAAGGGGCAGACAUCUGGCUCAUGAGGGUGGACUUUGUCUUUGAAUUCCCCAGACCCACCAUGCCAAACAUUGUCUACAUUGGUGGUUUUCAGUGUAAGCCUUCUAAGCCUUUAUCAUCAGAGCUGGAGGAGUUUGUUCAAAGUUCAGGAGAGCAUGGGUUCAUCCUGAUGUCUCUGGGUACACUGGUUAAAGGUCUACCUAUAGAAAUCACCUCUGAAAUCGCUGCUGCCUUUGCCCAAAUUCCUCAAAAGGUCAUAUGGAGGCAUGCUGGUGAACGCCCCAACAAUCUGGGUAACAAUACCCUUCUGGUCAAAUGGAUGCCUCAGAAUGACCUCUUGGGUCACUCCAAGAUCAAGGCCUUUGUGGCCCAUGGUGGUACGAAUGGGGUCUAUGAGUCCAUCUACCACGGGGUGCCGAUAAUAGGCAUUCCUCUUCUGUUUGACCAGUUCGAAAACGUUUUGAGAUUGGAAACACGAGGAGCUGCUAAAGUGGUGGAUGCAACCAAACUCACCAGCCAGAACUUUCUGGAAGCAAUACAAGAGGUUCUUCACAAUCCCUCCUACAAAAGUAACAUGAAGCGUCUCUCUGACCUCCAUCGAGACAAGCCAGCGCAUCCUUUGGAAACUGCACUUUUCUGGAUUGAGUUUGUCAUGAGGCACAAAGGUGCUUCACAUUUACGUACUGAGUCUUACAAGAUGCCCUGGUAUGCCUAUCAUUCUGUGGAUGUUAUAUGCUUUUUGUUAGCAGUCCUCUUGUUGCUGACAGCCACUAUAGUGGGAUCAAUACGAUUUCUAUGCUCUCGACUGUGUGGGAGGAGAAAACCCAAGCAGGAGUAGUCAUUGACUCCUCAUAAUUAAACUAUUUUAUAGGAUAAAGCUUGUGAUAAUCUGUAUGUUCAUACUUGUCAACAAAUUUCCUGGAAAGAAAAAGCAGCAAUUAA